AUGACUAAAUGUAAAUGUAAACGCGACUACAGCCUGAUUCAGUUCGACCUCCCCCAAAGAACUGGCUAUGCAUCCGACCGGAGCAGCCUGAUUGACGGGGAGUGUGGAGAUGAAAUGCCAGAAGAAGAACGGAGAGCGCUGGAAGAAAGACUGGAAAGACUGGAGGAAGAGGAAAGACAACAACUACUCAAACAGAGUCAGUGGAAAGCAGCGGAAACAAGGACAAGCCGCCAGGCAAAGACAGGUUCCGUAACAAUAACAGGAACUGCAAUGGAAGUAAAACCCCCACAGCCACAACCCCAACAACCUCAACCCCAAUACCCUCAACCCCAAUACCCUCAACCCCAACAACCUCAACCCCAAUACCCUCAACCCCAAUACCCUCAACCCCAACAACCUCAACCCCAAUACCCUCAACCCCAAUACCCUCAACCCCAAUACCCACAACCCCAACAACCUCAACCCCAAUACCCUCAACCCCAAUACCCUCAACCCCAAUACCCACAACCCCAACAACCUCAACCCCAAUACCCUCAACCCCAAUACCCUCAACCCCAAUACCCACAACCCCAACAACCUCAACCCCAAUACCCUCAAGCCCAAUACCCUCAACCCCAAUACCCUCAACCCCAACAACCUCAACCCCAAUACCCUCAACCCCAAUACCCUCAACCCCAAUACCCACAACCCCAAUAUCAGCCCCAAUAUCCACCGCCACAACCUCAAUAUCAGUAUCCACCUGUGUCACCUCAACAAUAUGCUCCUCAGUAUCCUCACCCAGAACCGCCGCUGUGUCCUCCCCCACCUGGAAACUAUAGACCAUACCAACAAGGCCACCCGAGAGGCAGCGGAAAAGGAGGCCCAACAAGAGGUUCCUCCGUUCAAAACCAGCCUGGAUGUUUCACAUGUGGGAAUUUAAAUCAUUGGGCCAGAGACUGCCCUCAAGGCCAUAACUACUACAACAACAAACAGAGACAUAGAGCUGCUUACAACAAGCGAAGAAGAGAAAGAGGAACAUGCAUUCCACAACAACCACAGCAACCACCAAGCAAUCCACCCCAGAUGCCACAUGUGGGGCAGAUGCCACUCAACGCAUAGACACAAGACCAAUGGGUGGGGGCCAUAACCACAAAACAAGAAGGCACCAAAAUGUCCUGCUGAAAUGUUUCCUUCUAAGUAACACUGUGGUGUGCGUGCAAGAAUGCCGAGGUCAAGUAAGCAACAUGGGAGUCGAGUUUGUGGCGUUCAGGGAGUGGUGCAAGAACAAUGGGCUACUCAGCUCUUGGGAGCAGAGUGUCAAAAUGAGGGAUAAGGUAAUGCUGGGACUGUAAUUCUUCUCUGCUGCAGGACCGGCCGGUCUGCCUACCUUACUCUCAUUUACUCUGUUCUGAGGUCACAUCCCCUUGGAGACCCUGCCCCCCUGUCCCCCCCUUUCUCACUGGAUGAUCUACCCCUUCCCCUUGGAGACCCUGCCCUACCUGCAUCCCCUUGGAGACCCUGCCCCACCUACCCCUAUACAUCAUCGACCCUGGCCUGGUCUGCCUCACCCCUUCUCCUGGAGACACGACCCCCCCCUUCCUUCCCUGGAGACGCAGCU